AUGAACGGGUCAUUCUCUAGCGGACCGGUAACCGAGACGGGUACGGCACAGGACGUGGCCGAAUUCGUACAACAACGCGCUUUCAACCGACAUCUGACCGACACGCAGGUAUCGGCUAUGGACGAGUUCCCCGUGGCACAGCUGCUGCCGCAGUACUCGAUCGUCGUGUUCGUAGCGUCCACGACUGGCAACGGCGAGGCACCCGAAAACAUGCGCCGCAGCUGGCGCAGUCUGCUGCGAAAGACGCUGGGGUCGCAGUGGCUUGCGGGUGUGCGUGUGGCUGUAUUCGGCCUGGGCGAUUCCAGUUACGCCAAGUAUAAUGCUGUGGCCAGGCGUUUACAGGCUCGUCUACUUCAACUCGGAGCCUUGGAGCUAAUCGACCGAGGGCUGGGAGACGACCAGCACGCCUACGGAUACUUUGGGGCCUUGAACCCUUGGAUGGAGAAGCUCUGGACUGCAGUUCUGCAGCUGCAUCCGCUGCCCGAGGGAUUCACAGUUGACGACUCCCCGAAACCAAUCGAACCCCGCUACUCUGUUACUGUGCAUGGAGCUGGCGUUCGAGAGGUUCAGGAGGCAAAACUAUUGACACCGAGGACGGGAGAGUCGCGAUUUUACGCGCCACCUAGCACGACGGUGGGGCGUGAGAAGGGCAUCUACUUGGCUCCUGUCGUGGUGAACAAGCGAAUUACCGCCGACGACUGGGGGCAGGAUGUAAGACACUUCGAGUUCGAUAUAAGCGAGGCUUCUUGUGCUGUUGAAGCAACUGAACCUCCGUUCAAAGCUGGCGAUAUCGCCGUGGUGUACCCUGAGAAUGUGACAGGAGUGGACGACAUGCUGAAAUAUGUCAAGUUGGAUGGAGAUACGGUCAUUUCGAUCUACGCAGCCGACGGCUCGAAGCAGUUCGAUCUGCCUUCUCCGAUUUCUAUUCGUGACUUGUUCGCGAAGUACGUCGCAAUCCUGGAGAAUCCGCGCCGAAGCUUUUUCGAAAAACUCUCCCUGUUCGCUGCGAACGAAGAGGAGAAGGAGAAACUUGAGGAGCUGGCUUCAGCUGAGGGUGUCGACCUUCUGUACGAAUACUGCAUCCGCGAGAAAAAGACAUAUGCAGAAGUGCUCAUCGACUUUCCGAGCGUGGACGUACCUUUAACGAUCCUGCUGCAGCUGAUUCCGCGUCAGCAGCCCCGAUCGUACUCCAUCUCAUCAUCGGCCCUGCUGCACCCUGGGCGCGUGCAUUUGACCGUGGCCAUCGUGGACUUUUUAACGCCAUACAAGCGCCGUCGUACUGGAAUUUGCUCGUCGUUCUUCCAGUCCUUGGACUCACCCAAAGAGCAAAAAUGUGUACCAAUGUGGAUUAAGAAGGGCCUCUUCGAACCACCUAGCUUAGAUCGCGACGUGCUACUCAUCGGCCCGGGCACCGGACUCGCCAGCAUGCGGGCUAUAGUGCAAGAGCGUCAGUUCCUGCGCAAACAAGCACGUGAAAACAGUUUAGGGGCGACCUACCUCUACUUCGGAUGCCGUCACGAGAGCAAGGAGCACAAAAUCUACGUGCAGACGCGUCUGGCAGAGAACAAAGAGGCAAUUUUCGACUUCAUUAUGAACGGCGAGGGAUCCAUUUACAUCGCCGGAUCUGCCAAGCGAAUGCCUACCGACGUCUACGAAGUGCUGCGCGAUAUCCUUCGGUCAGUAGGGAACAUUCCGUUACUAACGGCCGAGAAGGUGAUGAAAACGCUAGCCCGCAAGAAGCGCUACGUCGUCGAAUCAUGGUCAUAG